AUGGCUCAGAUGGAAGAAAGUGUAAAAACUCUACAGUUGAAGUCUGCAGCCCUAGCUGAUCCAACGGCGGAGACCAAACAGUGGAUCCGUUGCCUUGCAAUCAACGCUAAGAAUGAAAAUAGGAUGGACAUAGUUACCCACUUGAGGUCAAUUGUCCCCGCUGGAACUACCGGUGAGUUGACAUUAAUGGGUGUCAUUGGAUAACGUCGAGACAGGUUUAAAUGAGUUCAGAAACUGCAUACAACUUCAUCCAACAUUUCUUUUGCUUUGAUAGGCGAUUGUCAACUCACCAUUUUCACAUUGCUUAUCAGUUAUACACCUUUAUUACCCUACAAAAUUAUCUGCCUGGACUUGCUUUUUUGCUUUUAUUUCGGCAGUGUUAGCUCAGUCGGUGGAGCGUGUAACUGCAGAGCGGGAGGUCGCGGGUCCGAUUCCGGGGGCCGGACCAAUACUCCGGGUCUUAAAAUAAGUGAGAAAUGAAGGUACCGUAUUUCCUCGAAUAAUAGUCGGGGGCGAUUAUUCAGGGGUGGCGAUUAUUUCAAAUAUUGCUUACUGGAAUUCGUGCCCUAAAUAUUUUGUUUUCUUAUGCCAUUAAAUCAGAAAAUGAUCACGUCAAAUAAACUGAACAUGGGCUUUUCAAGUGUUUCAAAUUUGGUUCCUUGAUAAAUUUUCAAUGUCAAUAUCCUCGGUGUCAGAGCUUGAAUCGUCACUGAUCAACUCUGCUGGAUCAGACUCCACUUCAACUUGACAGGAGGGGUCUAGAAGAAAGAGGAAAUGGCGAGAGAGGGUGGGAGGGCAAUUUUUCGAGGGAGGCGAUUAUUUUAAAUAUAUCCUUCUGAGGGCGGCGAUUAAUCGAGGGACGGCUAUUAUUCGAGGAAAUACGGUACUCCCUUUGCUCUGCAAGCGGCUAGAACUUCCGUGGCUCGGAUGAUCACGUAAAAUGACGGUCCCAUCUCUAGAAGGAGACGUAAAAAUAGUGUCCCCAAUUAGGACUUUCGUGCUAAAUACAUUGACACUCAAAUAAGUGCAUUGUUUUAACUCCAUGUUCCCCCCUCACUCCCCUCCCCUGGUAAAAUUAACAUUCCCGCCGAUUGACUAAAAUAAAAUGUUUGCUGGUUUGGGCUUAAUAUAAAACGCUUCACUUAUUAUUUCAACCUAAUAGUAAAAUGUGUGUUUCUGUUCAAUACACCAGGCCCGUUGUUGGCUGAAAACCUUGAUGUUCGGUGUAUCCCAUUUAAGCAGAGAAAGGACUUGACAAUCAAUCUCGGCGGUAAGUAAAAUAACAUACGAAUCAGCUUUGUGUUUGUUACCUGCUUUUUUCAGUAUAUUGGGGACAGUUGCGCGUGGACGCGUGGACAAGAGUAUCGUGGCCUCUUGAAACGCGAUUUCCGACGCACUUGUCGCCUUAAUUUCCUACAAGGGGUUGGGGGUGGUGGAGGGGUUAGGGGAAUACAGGGUUCGUAAUUGAUGAUAAGAGUUGUAUAGAAAUAUUUUAAGGUUUGCAAUAUCGUAAAAUAUUGCGAUGAAUAUAUACUUUUUAAAAAAGUCAAAAUAUUACUUAUUGUGAGAGAGAACCUCGAAUUUUGGCGAUUUGGAGGGUCUUGCAUGGGAUCUUUAUAUUGGAGCGUUGUAUUAGAGCAUUUUAAUUCAGUUGACGGAAUUAAUUUCAUUUCAGGUGGAGACGAAUGGAAACUACUUGCAGAGAAGCUUGGUAUGUCUUACGACGAAAUCCGCGAGCUCGACAAGAGAACUUUAAACCCUUGCGACGUUGCUCUUAAUCUUGUGGCAAAUUCUCGUCAUUUAAAUGUUGGAGAAGUUUAUGACAUUUUAGUGGAAUGUGAGCUUGCGGGAUCCGCAGACUUACUGUAAAAAAAUCCUGUGUAAGAAUUCACGGGUCUCAUUCAUUAUUAGGGACCUAAAGCAAUGAGAACAUUGACGGACCGGACGCAACCGGAAGUUGAUAUUUUCUC